AUGGCACCCAAGGACCAGUCCACCCUCAAGCCCGCCCUAAGCGACCGUGAUAUGAAACUUGCCAUCAUCGCCUGGCAGUGCCUCGACGGCGAUGUCAAGUUGCAGAUGGGCAAGUUCGCCCGUCUCGGUGGGUACGCCAAUCUCAACAGCGCCCAGGCUAAUUGGGGUCGCGUCAAGGCCAAACUCAAGGCCAUGGGCCGGGAGUAUGAGCUGAAUGCCGCGGCUGCGGCCGACCCCGUCGCUGACCCAAACGAGAAAAGGAUUUCCAAUGCCAACGACGGCAAUAACGAUAACAUAUCUGAGAAGACAACCGCACUCCGCAAGCGUAAACAUGAUGAUAUCGAGACUGAGGAGCAGGAUGGCCGCGCUGAAGGCACUACUCUGACAAAGAAAGCAGCCAUGCGCCGCCCGACUAAGGCCAAAGCUGCGAAGUCAGUCAAGGUGGAGGAAGAGGGUAGUGGUGAGGUUAAGACGGAGUAUAUGGCGGAGUGA